AUGAAUUAUUAUUAUUAUAAUAAAACGAAUCAAUGUCAAUUACAACCAACUGAUUGGACUCCACAAUUCGACUUGACUGGUCGAUAUCAAUUGGGUUGGGGCAACUUUUUUAUGGAUAUUAGUCAAACAGGCUAUGAUGUACAAUGGACAUAUGAAACUACUGAUGAUAGAUAUACCUUUGUGGGUCAAUAUAUUAACGAAACAAUGAUAAGCGGUAUGCAAACAAAUAUAAAAAAAAGAACAAAUUGUGUAGUAUUACAAAAUUUUGAAUUAUCUGUUGUGGGAAAACGUAAUUUUUGUCGAAUUCGAGCUACAUUUACUUGUUAUUGUAUUGAUGAAUUACCUGGUAUUAAUGAUAUAUCAUCUGGUUAUGAUGCAGCUAAAAUGCUUUCUGCAAGUGAACAAAAUUCAAAAUAUCGUAUAUUUGAUUUAAGUGAAGAAAGUACAACUACAUUUAGAACUAAAGUACUUGGACAAGAUCGAAUUUUUACACGACCUAAACUUGUUCAAAUAACUGAAAUCAAUGUUCGAAAACAAGAUACUUAUCAUCAAGCAUAUUAUAAUCAAUUUAUUGAAACAUAUGGAACACAUUAUAUUUCUCGUAUUAUUGUUGGUGGUACAGCUCAUUUAUAUACAUUACUAGAUUCUAGUUAUCAUAAAGUGUCUUCAUAUGAAGAAACAUCAAGUCAAGUUAGUUUAAUGUUUCAAUAUAAAGGAUCUUAUGGUCAAUAUGGAUCUGAUACAAAUCAAAUUUGGGCUUCAAUGAAAGAAACAUUUAAGAAAACUUCAGCUACAUUUUCUAUUUUUCAACCUCCAGUAGCAAGUCAAAAUAAUAAAUCAGAUUGGGAAACAUGGCAACAAACAGCUGGUAAUUAUCCAGUUGUUGUUAAUCGAACAUUAUUUUCUAUUCAUAAUUUAAUUAAAAAUAAACCACCAAUUCGAGAACAUUUUCGUAAAACAAUUGAAUUUUAUUUACAAAAAGGAGUAAUGCCAACAUUAGCUGAAUUGAAUGGUCAAAUUACAAGUCGUAGUUCUUUAAUAUUAUCAAAACCUCAAAAUUCUAUAAUGGGACUUGAUAUUGUUGGUUGUGGAUAUGAUCCUCUUUUAAUGGAAAGUAAAUAUUGUUUAUUUGAUCAAAAUAAUUUUACUGAUAAUGAACAAUGGUCAGAUCCAUAUAAUAAAACUUUAACUUAUUCCAUACCAAAUGGAUGGUUUGUUGUUAAUACUCCUGAAUCAUUAACAUUUGAUGGUUCAAUAUUAAUAACAUCUAUAGAAGAUUAUUUUCGUUCGAUAAGAACAGUUAAUGUUAGAAAAUCAGGUAAUUGGUUAGGCAUCGAUCGUCGACAUAGUCAAAAACUAGUAACUGAAUUUUAUCGUCGUUUUUAUCAAGAUAAUUAUAAUUUAGUACUUCGAAUGAAACAAAUUGGUUGGUAUACAUUAUCAGUAACAGCAUUUCCAUAUCCAAAAUUAAAUCCUACAGCUCAAAUAGCAUUUAAUAAUUUACCAACAUAUUUUGAUAUAAAAGAUUUAAAAAUUUGGAAAAAUUUUUUUAAUAUAUUUGGUACACAUAUUGUUGUAUCAUCUAAUAUGGGUGGUCAAGUUUGGGCUGAAACAUGGUAUGAAACAUGUUUAACUUAUGAAUAUCCACAAACAUGGAUUGAUGAACAAGUAAAUAAAAAUUGA